GAUCAGCUCUGGAUGACGGUCAGUGGCACUCGGUGGAGCUGACCUCCAGACGAGGACAUCUCUCCGUCUCUGUGGACGGGGGGGAAGGAGACACGGCCAACGCCAGCCCCCCGUUUCCUGUUUCCACUGACGGUCAACUCUUCUUUGGUGGUUGUCCUUCUGAGGGGAGCAGUGAUCAGUGUGUGAACCCCUUCAAGGCUUUCCAGGGCUGCAUGCGUCUCCUAACUGUCGACAACCAGCCUGUGGACCUAAAAAAGGUGCAGCAAAGGCUGAUGGGAAACUACAGUCACCUGCAGAUCGACAUGUGCGGCAUCAUCGACAG